ACCGCCAUUCCUGCCGGCGGAGGGCGAGAGGUUGGCUGCGCUGCUGGGCGCCUCUGGGAGAAGAAUUGGGUGGGAGCCGGAUAUGUUUGGAUGAUGCCAUCUGACAAAUCCACCUGGGAUCCUCCAGUCUUCCAGUUUACCAACUGCUGGAUUUUGAAGAACCAUGAACUGCAAAGGGAGGACCUCUGGGUGAGAGAUGGGAAGAUCCUAAACCCAGAGAAGCUGUUCUUUGAUGAGAAGAAGCCUGCAGACAUUCGCCUGGACUGCAGAGGCUGCAUCAUUGCACCCGGAUUUAUUGAUGUACAAAUCAAUGGAGGUUUUGGAGUGGAUUUUUCCCUGGCCACGGAUGAUGUAGCAGCAGGACUCUCUCUGGUCGGACAGAAGAUACUGUCCCAUGGAGUGACUUCUUUCUGCCCAACCCUGGUGACCUCCCCACCAUCUGUAUACCAUAAGGUUCUGCCUCAGAUCUGUGUAAAAAAUGGAGGACCCCAUGGAGCUGGUAUCUUAGGGGUUCAUCUGGAAGGCCCGUUCAUUAGCAAAGAGAAGAGAGGCGCUCACCCUGAAGAUUACCUUCGCACCUUUGAAACUGGGGCCUUCCAGGAUUUGCUGGCCACCUAUGGCUGCCUGGAUGACGUGAAGAUUGUCACCCUGGCACCUGAAAUGAAGAGAAGCAGUGAGGUAAUCCAGGAGCUUACCAAGCGGGGCAUCUGUGUGUCACUAGGUCACUCUAUAGCUAACCUGUCUCAAGCUGAGGAAGCUGUUCAUCAUGGGGCUACCUUCAUUACUCACCUCUUCAAUGCCAUGUUACCUUUCCACCAUCGAGAUCCUGGGAUUGUGGGGCUGCUCACUAGUGACCAGAUUCCUCCGGGUCAGCAAGUGUUCUAUGGGAUGAUAUCGGAUGGGAUUCAUACAAAUCCUGCUGCUCUGAGAAUUGCACACCGAGCUCACCCUAAAGGGCUGGUCCUGGUGACAGAUGCCAUCACAGCGAUGGGGCUCGCUCCAGGCAGGCACACUUUGGGUCAACAGGUAGUCGAAAUGGAUGGGCUGAACAGCUAUAUUGCAGGGACCACAACUCUCAGCGGCAGCGUUGCAACCAUGGACACAUGUGUUCGACAUUUCACGAAAGCCACAGGAUGCUCUGUGGAAACAGCACUGGAGGCUGCUUCUCUCCAUCCUGCUCAGCUCUUGAAAAUUGAGGACAGAAAGGGUACCUUGGAUUAUGACAGUGAUGCAGAUUUCUUGUUGCUGGACGACAGCCUCCACGUUCAGGCGACCUACAUUGCAGGCCAGCAGGUCUGGAAAAAAGAUGGCUUUGUUAUCUGAAACAGGAACCAGGACAGGGAGCACUUAAAACCAGGAACAGAGAGGAGAUUCUGCACAUCUGCGGCACCUUUCUUCUAAUGGCCUUUUGCCUUUCUCUUUUGUCUCUUCUGAACCCCGCAACCCUCCCUUUCCUUCCUCUCUUGCUCCUGAAGCAUUCCUGGAAAAGGGAUAUGUAAACCCACUGGACCAACAGCAACAGUUGUUGCUUCUGUUCAAAAGCCACAUCUUUCUCCAGUGAGCUUUGAGUUAGCAAUGUACUGUGGCAGAACAAACUGAUUUUCUCACCUUGCCUUAGAAGGCUGAGAUAGCUGAAUGCCUGUUAACUGUCACAAGCACUGGCUUUGAGCCUUUCUGGCAGAACUAAAGGAAACAUCUUCCAUUCACUGUGUGAAUGCAAAGACCUAGGAUGGCAUUGGAACAGGCAAAUCUGCUAACAUGGCAUGCGCCAGCCAUUUACUUCCCACAGUGCCUCGCUCUUGGACUUUUACUGUAAUACCCCUCCGUGAUGGAAUGGCACUUUGUGAACCAUCAUUUGCCUCAUCUCCGAUUAAAGCCAGCUUGACGGGA